AUGGCGCACUCCAAGGUUGUCAUCAUCGGCUCCGGCCCCGCUGCUCACACCGCUGCGAUCUACCUCUCCAGAGCAGAGCUAAAGCCUGUCAUGUACGAGGGUAUGCUUGCCGGUGGCACCGCAGCUGGCGGUCAGCUCACCACCACCACCGAGGUUGAGAACUUCCCCGGUUUCCCAGCCGGUAUCUCUGGCCCAGAGUUGAUGGACAGCAUGCGCCAGCAAUCCGUGCGAUUCGGAACUGAAAUUAUCACCGAGACCAUCUCCAGGGUCGACCUAUCCAGCCGCCCAUUCAAGAUAUGGAAGGAGUACGCCGAUGGCCCCGAGGAUGCCCCAGCUCACACCGCUGAUGCUAUCAUCAUGGCCACCGGCGCAAACGCUAAGCGACUCAACCUCGCUGGAGAGGAGCAGUACUGGCAGAACGGUGUCAGCGCCUGCGCUGUAUGCGACGGUGCUGUCCCAAUCUUCCGCAACAAGCCACUCUACGUCAUUGGUGGUGGUGACUCCGCCGCUGAGGAAGCCAUGUUCUUGACCAAGUACGGCAGCAGCGUCACCGUUCUCGUCCGCAAGGAUCAUCUCAGAGCCUCCAAGACCAUGGCCACCCGUCUUCUCAACCACGCCAAGCUCGAGGUCAAGUUCAACACCGUUGCCACUGAGAUCGUUGGAGAGCCCGGCCCCCGUGGCCUGAUGACCCACUUGAAGAUCAAGAACGUCGUCACUGGUGCUGAGGAGGUUGUUCCUGCCAGCGGACUGUUCUAUGCCGUCGGCCACGAGCCCGCCACCAAAAUAGUGAAGGAUCAGCUCGAGACUGACGACGAGGGAUACAUUGCUACCCGACCCGGCACAAGCUUCACCAGUGUACCCGGUGUGUUCGCCGCCGGUGACGUUCAAGACAAGCGAUACCGACAGGCCAUUACCAGCGCAGGAUCCGGCUGUAUCGCCGCUCUUGAAGCUGAGAAGUACAUCUCCGAGCUUGAGAGCUCUGAGGGAGAGUCUGCCGCCCAGGCCGCCCACGAAGCCGCCAUUAAAGAAGAUACCAACCCCCAGCUUUAA